UAGGCCAUUAGUAACACCAACACAUAUUUCAAGUUAGUACACCCUCAUACAGUGAACAUCACUAAUUCACUACUUGAGCUUUCCCUCUUCCUUUUUGAUUUGUGAGCUCCAAGACCUCAAACAGGCUAUAUACUAGUUGAAAGGGCAAUGCCAAUUCCCAAGAUAAGUGAGGAGGAGAAAGAAGAAUAUGAGGAGGAAGUAGAAACUGAAUCUGAUGAAGAAGAUAGCGAAAAUGAGUGGGAACAAGGAGAGAAAUCGAUUAUGCAUUAUGCAUCGUCGCAGAAGAUAUUAUUGGUAGGAGAAGGAGAUUUUUCAUUUGCUUUGUGUUUAGCUAGAGCAUUUGAGACAGCAUACAACAUGGUCGCGACAUCUCUUGAUUCUCUUGAGAUGUUAGGAAAGAAAUACAGCAAUGGAGUUGAUAAUGUAAGGGAAUUGGAAGAGAGGGGGUGUAUUGUAUUACAUGGGGUUGAUGCCACUCAAAUGAGCCAGCAUUACUUUCUGUCUACUCAGAGGUUUGAUCGUGUUAUCUAUAACUUCCCUCAUGUCGGGUUUAUGUUUCCUGAAGACAGCACUUGUCAGAUCAAGCUGAACAAGCAGCUGGUGAAGGGGUUCCUGAUGAACGCGAAAUUGCUGUUGAUGAAUCCAGCAGGGGAGGUGCAUGUGAGCCACAAGGAAGGGCAGCCUUAUAGCCAGUGGGACUUGGCCAAGAAGGCUGCGAAAAGUGGGCUUGUGUUCCAUCAGAAGGUGCCCUUUCGUAGGACUGACUACCCUGGUUACUCCAACAAGCGUGCUGAUGGCUACCACGCAGAUAACUCUUUUCCGUUGUUUCUAGCUUCCACCUUCAUUUUUCACCUUGACUCCAUCACUAGUUGAGAUUCCCGUCUCUCCAGAUAUGACCUUCCGAAAUGUAUAUUUAUUCAUCGUCCUAACGAGCAUGUGGUGAGGCAACGAUUCAUGUAUAAUUAAGUGGGUUUCUGGCUUCCUGCUUUGUUGUUACUUCUGAAUGUUUGGACUAAAAUGACCCCCUUUUUUUUUCUUCUUUUUCUUUACUUUACCUUGGUGCUCUGUUUUUCUCCUCAUAUGAGUCAUAUUUAUGUUGGACAAUUGUUGUUCUAUAUGGAAACAUAUUUGAGGUUUGCAAACAAAUGUACUCGAACAAUCUCCGAUGAUUGCAUUGAACUCCACUUAUCUCUCAA